AUGAGAAGGACCACCACUACUACUACUGCGAAUCCAAAAGCGAAAGCGAAAGCAGCGCCUCCAGUCCAGACCUCCGCUUCGGCACCCGGCAACAUGCCGCCUCGCCGACCGGUAGUAUCAACCAAGGCAGUGGGAGCGAAGCGCAAGUCAGCAACGCAAGAAGUUGGCGACCGCUCCCAGCAUGAAGCAGAAGCAGAAGAAGAAAGAGACGAACCCGGGCCCAUCAAAAUGCCCAUGCUAAAACCGCGGGUGCGCAACAUCCCGCAGGAGGUUGUCGAAGCGAAAUGGGGCGUCCUAACCGAUAAGGGGCGUGAUGAGGUCAUGGAGGUUGUCAGGGCUGCGGAAAGACCGGUCCUCAUGACGUUCCGGAGGGAGAAUAGGAGGGUGGAAGCGCAGGAGGUGCUACAUAGGCUUGUUCGGAAGAUUGGGAAUUCGCUAACAAAGGUGCCUGUUCCGCCACUGGGAAAAGAUGCAUAUUUCAAUUAUGAAAAUUUGUUGGAUAAGAACCGUGCACUGGAAGCCAUCCUGGAGCCGGAUCUCCGCCAAAUCGCUGGGCUCGAGGCUGAGAUUGAGAAGGAGCAGAAGCUGCUGGAAAAAGAAGAAGAUUACCUUCAAGAAUUGAAAAAGAACGCAAUUGCGCAGGAAAACAUAAGGCGCCAAAAAUCUCGAAAUAUGCAUCCAAUUCUGCGCAAUGUCCCAUCGAAGCAAGAUCCAAUUGACAUUGUAGAAAAAAUAAAUCUCACCUCUAAAUUGAGUGCAUCUUUAUAUGAUGUCGAUUCCGACCGGCAAUUGCAUCCCUUAACGACCCAAUUGCAGCAGCAUCUCACAAGUAUGCAGGGAAAUAGCGGAGCGUUAGGAGAAGUCGCAGAAUGGAUUCAGAAGAGUAAAGCGGCAAUUGACGAAGUUCUCUUCAGGAAGGCAGGUGAUCAGGUCUAUGAUAGCGUUAUGGGACUCUAGACGAGAAUUUUCCGGGACUGCAGCUACGGAGAAACACGGAAUGUACUGUACUGUAUAGUUAUCUACACUUGAGUAAUUUUGUCACUUGGGCCUGUAUGGCCGGGGAAGGGAGGUGGGUGUGAAGGCGAAGAGGUAGUUAGCCUUUCCUUUCCCCAUAAAACGACCGAAUCGAAACCGGUGAUUGUGAAAAACCACAAUCUGAUAUUGCGACUCAGGCAGUGGCUGGUUG